CUUCGACAGUUUGUUGUAAAAUUCAACCUCACGCAAGUUUGAUAGUAUACAUUUAAAUUUAUUGCCAAUUCGCAUUUUUCCACAUUAUAGAUUUUAAUAAAACCUGACUACUUGAUUUAUUAGAGGACGUCCCUUAAUUAAAAAUAUAAUCUCGAACGAUCGAUGCCAUGCAGCACUAAUGUAGUUCAGAGGCGCAUUCUCUCCAAACAUUAUAAUUCUUCUUAUAUGAUUUCCAAGUAGCUGUAUCUCUCCCCUCUUAAUCCGCAGCUGUUUAAUUAAAAAGAUAUCGUAGUUUUGUUUUCGAGCGACAAUCACUGAGUUAAAGAAUCAGCAAUCAGUUAUUAAUUGCCUUUCGUUUUAUUGCCGUUGUUAAACAAAAACAAAACAAAGUAAUAACAAAUUUCGUUACAUAUUCGUUUAAGCCGCAAAUAGUUUCGAAACUUUUGUCCAUUUUUUCAGUAAAAGAUGGAAAAGGAAAUUCAAAAUAAAUGUUUUGAGUAUGAAAUAAUGUUUACACGUCUAACAAGUAACGCCGGUUAAGUUAUUAACUAAGAUAAAUAGUAUUUUUGGAGACAAUGAAAUUAAUAACGACGGUUUGCUACAGAAAAUUGAAAAUCUAGAUUUGAGCGAACAAAUUAAUAAUUCAUAAUCAAAAGCGAUGAAUGUUAAACCAAUAUUGGUAUAUCGUGCAAAAAACUGUUUUAUUAACAUCGGUUUUUGCGCACGGUUAGGUUUAUAAUAAAACUUUAACGUUAAAAUUAAAGUUAAAAUGAAAAUAGUUGGUGUUAAUAUAGUCGUUCGGAUAGCCUUUACUUUUAAAGUCUUUAAACGUGAAAGUAUCUCUUCAGACAAUAACCUGAGACAAGAUCACCUAGUUCUUUCUGUUCUUAUGGUUCUCUAAUUGGUUCUUUUUCUUCUCUUGGAUUUCUAGUUCUCUUAGUUCUUCUGUUUUUUGCUAUUCUGGUUUUGUUAGUUGUUUUGGUUCUAGGUCUCUUAAUUCUUGUGGUUUUCUUUCUUCUUCUGGUUUUUUCAGUUCUUAUGGGUCUUUGCUCCUCGCGACUCUUCUUCUUCUCAUGGUUCUUGUAGAUUGCUAGGUUCUUGUGAUUUUCUUGAUGUUUCUUGUGUUUUUUUUUGUGGGGAGCUCAUGGGCGUACCGGCCUAAUCUUGUUUGGGGGGAGGGGGAGGCACAAUAUUAGUUUGCACGACCGUUUUGUUUACACUAUACACAUAUACAACUUUGUUCGAGAUUUUAUCAGGCCUUUUUUUGAAAAGGGACCUUUCUGUGAGAUAAUUUUUUGGUGGGGGAUAGCCAUGUGGCCGACAUACUACACAUGAAUCCCUAGGGGGGUCUGGGGGGAACUUUUUGAAGUUUGAAGCCUGGAAAUGCAAUAUCCUGCAUUCUAAGCAUCCAAAUUUACUCUAAAAUGUAUGCUGACUAUAUUUGUAUUUGAAAUAAAAGAAGGAAAAAUCGCACAAAAAGUAAAGAAAUAGUAACCAUAAUUUAUCAAUACUUAUUCGACGAGGAUAGCAAUGGCCGAAUUCCGCGUGUGUGGGGGCAUACUCCCCCAAAAUAUAUUUGAAACUUUGAACCCCGGAAAUGCCAUUUUCUGUGUCCGGAGCAUCCAAAUUUCUCUAAAAUUUAUGCUAACUAUACUUGUAUUUGAAAUAAAAGAAGGAAAAAUACACAAAGAAAGAAAUAAAUUAUUAACAAUAAUUUAUCAUUACUCAAUGGUAAAAAACGCGACAAUUUAAAUCGUUUUCGUUAAACAAGGAUAAAGGUGGUAAUAACUAUUUCUAACACAAAUCUUAUUUGCAAAAUAAAGCAUAUAUUCUAGUUAAAUAGUCAUCCGUUCCGCGCGUUGUAACCAAUGAAUGAAUGAAUGAAUGAAUGAAUGAAUGAAUGCAUAACAAUAUUUAUUGAGGGUGAACACCAAUCGAACACUAAAAGGUUAAUGAGGGUCGCCCUCAGUAUACAAGAUAGUUAAGCGUAUACAUAUUUACACUAUACAAAGUAAAAAUACGUUAGAGAUGUGAUUCAGUUACUGAUUUCUUAAAAGUACUUAAAGUUAAGUCUUUGAAACCAGUAGUUAAGUAUUUAAGUUGUUCUAAAUCUUUACGCCUCGAUAGCUAAAAUAUUUUUGUCCUGUUGAAGUUGACAGUUUGGGUAUUCUUAGUUUGCUAUCAGCUGCAUUUCUAGUAUUCACCUCAUGCAUAUCACGAGUGUAAACGAAUCUAUCAAUAAGGUAGCCUAUUUAGGACCCAUAUUGUUAACUAUUUUGUACAUCUGAAUUAAAGUAAAAUAGUCAGUUCUUUGGGGGAAUGUCAUCCACUUGAGUUUGUCAAAUAUUUCUAUCCAAGUUUACUCUCGCAGCAUAUUUAUGUAGUCUGAUUAUUAGAUUAAUAUUAGAUUUACUAGUGUUGCCCCAGACAACACACGCAUAAUCUACUGCAACGGUAGCCUGCAUGGCAGGCGGUAUUUCUACGGGCAGCGAAAAUUAGGGAAGCAAAGGAAAUACCGUCUGCCGCAAAACUAGGGGUUUUUGAAUUACCCGUCCGCUGGUGAACGGGAAAAACGGAUUGGUUAGUAUUUUUAUGUAGUUGUCAAUGAGUUUGGGUAAUGGUCGAGUGUCGAGGGUCGAGGGUCAUAUGUCGAGGGUCGAGGGUCAUAAGUCGAGGGUCGAGGGUCAUAGGUCGAGGUUCAAAAGUCGAGGUCGAGGGUCAAAAGUCGAGGUCGAGGGUCAAAAGUCGAGGGUCGAAAUUCAAGGGUCGAAAAUGGGAAAUAUUAAUUUUUUAUUAAUACAUUUUUAGAAUACUACAUUUUUGGCAUUUGUUGUCAAAAUUUUAAAGGUUCUCCUGCGGAUAACUAACUUCAUUACUGUUAGUACAGAACAUGCCUUAGGGCAUAAUUAGGUUCCUUUUUGUUUUUCGAGAAAGUGUAAAAUUACUAAAACUAUUCGAGAACGUACGGUGCCGGUGGGGUGAUUCGAAAGUAUAUUGUAUUUAUUGUACUAUCAGAACGAAUCGAGUCCCAGCGCAGCAAAAAUCUCUCACAAUGGUCGUAAAUUCUGAACCAGACUAAAAUCACUCUGUUAUAAAGAUUCGUGCAUGUUAUUUUUGACAAAAUAACUAAAGAAAGUUUCCAUUUUAUUACACUACAACGUUCUCGCAACUAUAUUAUGAAUAUGAAACUGUCAAUCGAACAUGUGCACUUCCGGUGCAGACAUGAUGUUAUAAAAUAUAUAAAAAUCAACUGUUUCUCGCACACCCUAACGCUUUAAACCUCCAAAACCAUACGUGGUAUGAGGAGUAUCGUUAAGUUGAAGUUCUGAGAAUUUCAGAACUCUUUCGCCUCUAAGAGAUAACAUAUUUAUACCUAUAAUCAAAUUUCUCAUGAGAGUGAAACGCCAUUUUUGUAUAAUCGUCCGUGUUUGUAUAUUUUAAACUCCAAUGUAAAAUAAAAGAUGUAUGCUUUCAAACAUCAAACCUCGAAUCAGACUUUUAGUUCCACAAGCGAAACUUCCAGUUGUACAGUACAUAGCCAUACGGCAUAGCCAUAGGCGAAAUUUUUCAGUCUUGACAGCAAAACUAAUUGUUUUGCCGCGUUUAAUGGUUGUAAAACUUUUAAAAUGGAUAAAAAUUUAGUAUUUUCGACUUUCGACCCUCGACUUUUGACCCUCGACCUCGACUUUUGACCCUCGACCUCGACUUUUGACCCUCGACCUAUGACCCUCGACCCUCGACCUAUGACCCUCGACCCUCGACACUCGACCAUUACCCAAACUCGUUGUCAAUCAACGCCUAAAUUCGGUUAAAUGUUAAUCAUUAACCAAAUGUUUUGACGUUUUGAAACUCUGCGUUUUGAAAUUAGUUCACGUCAAGUCAGACCAGAAAUGGAAUAACAUAAUAAAAGAAGCAAAUUAAAAGAUACAAGCUGAAAAAUAACACUCUAAAUAGUGUUAUUGAUAGAGAUUCGAACAAGAAUAUUUAACAAAGAAGAUACGUCCGAAGGGGCCGAAGUUAUGAUCGGCGAAAGGUAUGGGUUAGUCUAUAUUUUCGUUCAGACAAUUACAUGCGUAUUGAUUUGAUAAUAUACUAUCUCGCUUGACUUUCAAAGGCCAUAAAUCGCAAUAAUGUUGACAUUUUACUAAAACUAUCGAUAGAAAUUAGGAGAUAUUUCUUCACUGAAUCGAACAGUGGGAUUUCCAUAUAGGCCUAUCAGUCAUGUUCUGAACCAAAGAUACUUGAUAGAUAUUAAUAUAUACGAACCUCCAAAGUAUAAACAAGGGGCCGGUUGAUGCAGUAAUUAUCAAAUAACAGUUAAACUCUUAUAUACCCGUUGAAUAUGUGUAGUUGUAAACAAAUAAAAACUAUCGUUCUAUAAGGUUCAAUACUUUCAGUUUGGUUGUUGACUGAUGAUGAUCUAUAGUAUAGACUUGCAUGCUUUGUAUUUUGAGCUUAUUAAACCACCGUUUUAAGGCAGCUAAACGGCUAAACGGGCUUGGUUUAUAUUAACACAUAAAAUAAAUUCCUUUAUUAUCAUCACUAGAAACAGUCUACACUUUGAAAUGUCGAAGACAGUGGGAGAUUUAUUUUUUAUAUUUUAUAUUUAUAUAAUUUAUAUAUCAAUAGUUCGUAUCUCCACAAACAAUGACAGAAUGACUGAGUUUCUUUAAAAUACAAUGAAAUUUCACUCAAAAUUCUGUUUGUUUCAAAUUGGAAGUUUAAAAUGGCAAUAAAAACUCUAUAUAAAAUAUGAAAAAAUUAACUGUCUUGAAUUAUUUUGUCGGGCGGUACAUUUAUAUUGUAUAACGAAAAAUAAAACGUUUUCACGAGGAUUUUAAAAUUCAGUCGGGCGGUGAUGAGAAUCAAGGAAUUUAUUUUAUGUUGGGCAGUUGGGACUUGGGAGCAGCUUGGGAGUGGCUAAUUUUGAAUAUUUACUUAAUUAAUGCAUCUAUAAAUAGCGUUGGUGCUUCAGGGGCGGUAGUUCAUUUACACCCAGUUUUGCGGCAGGCGGUAUUUCCUACGUACCGCCUGCCAUGCGGUUGAAUCAAAGUUUGUAAAAGGAUUGUCUGGAUUUCAGUGGGAGAUAGCACUUAAUAGAUUUCAAUAAAGCUAUGCGUUUGGAUCCUCUUUUACAAAUCAUGUCUGUAUGUAAGUUCCAGUCUAGGCUCCCGUCUAAUACGAGUCCAAGGAGCUUAUGUUCAUCCAUAGUUUUAAUCGUUUUACCGUUGAUGUUAACUUGAAUUCUUUCACCUUGUAAUCGUGCUAACUUUUGUUUGGUUGCUACAACCAUUAUUUCAGUUUUUUGUAACGUUUAAAGCCAUGUCAUUGUUAGAAAUCCACUGAGAGAUGGGUGUGGUGUUAUAUUGUUGGUCUUGUUCGACUCUAUAUAAUGUUUUUCCGUUUGCUAGUAAGGUUGAGUCGUCCGCACUGAAACAUCUUGAGCUUUUUAGGUCACACAAGAAUGAUUCUUUGUUUAUCAUGCUGACUGGUUGUUCAGUAAACUAGAUGAUGUUUUUGCAACCACGACAUUAAAUUCAAAUGAAUGUGUCUUUCACUUAUUUUGGAAAUAAUUGGAAGGAUUGAGAUCGGUCGAUAAUUCUCCUCGGAUGUUUUUAACCCAGAUUUGUAGGCUGAUUGGGUUGACACGUGCAAUCUUCCACAAUUCAGGAAAGGUGGAAGUUUCUAUACUUUUGUUGAUCAGUAGAUUUAAUAGGGAGUCUGCAAUCUCGUUCACACAAAUUUUCAAAAUUCUGACAGAAAUUUGGUCUAAGCCCGUCGCUUUUGUAGCGGACAUAUAAGAUUAAUAGUCUCAACGACGAAUUUUUUCGUUAUGAAAGGAAUAUUAAAUUCAUCACCAUGAGUUUUGCUACUGUCUACGAAUUGUUUAAGGUGCUAUAUUCACAAAUGCAUAAUUAAAUGUUUCAGCUACUUCCAUGGGAUCUGAAGUUAAUUUAUUAUUCAGCUGGGGCUGGUUGUAUAAAACUCUUAGUCACUUUUUUAAUCACUAUUUUGUAGUUAAAUAGUGAUUAACUCUCAAAUACGCGCUUCUUACUGGAUGACGUUUUCACUAACUAUAGUUAACUUUAAUCACUUUUUUAUCCAACCGGCCUCAGAAGGGUAAUUUGUUGCGGAAAUGGUUUUCUUUUGACUAAGUUAUUCAUGCAUGUGCAUGGUCCCAGUAGACUUUUGGGUUGUUUACAUUGGCCGAUAGUGCAGUUUAAUGCACAUUUUCAUUGUUUUGAACAGGUUAUUAUUUUCAAGAAUCGACAUGCGCAAGUUAAUGCAACGUCAUUAUUUAAUUCAGGAGGUUAUUAUUUUUAAUAAUGACCUCCAGUAUUUAAAAUAAUGACCCCGAUUUUUCGCUCGAAUAAAAAAUAAACCAUUGUGCGUUACAACUUUGCUUUAAAGCAAAUUUUAAUUACACUACAAAAAUUUCCAUUUUAAUUUAACUACAACGUAUAAAGUUUUAAAAAACUAGGGCUUAUUAACUAUUGUAAUGUUGCAAUUGCCGCCACUAAUAUUUAAAACAACCGACCCCAUUCCAUCAUCACCCUUCUCUAUUGGCGGGCUACUUUCCGCCGUUGCACCCUUCUCUGACGUGAUACCUUAUUAGUAUUUUCUGGGAUGCUUCGCGAAGCCAACUCUAUCAUACUUUCACUGCUGCAAAUCUCAAACCGGUCAGACGUAUUCUGUUGCUCUAUUGCAAAAUAUAAAUAAAUUCAAAUAUUAAUCGCUAUGAUUAAUGCUUGUUACUAACUUUUAAACAAAACUUAGCUAAGACAAUUUUCACCUUUUCUAUCCAACGUGCUUUUCCCAGGUGCAUUACAUCGCCGCUCACUGACACUGUCUAUCUGAUUUGGCCUUUCCAGUGAAAUUCUCCGCUCUGCAAACAAAUCCAAUGACUGGGAAAGUAUUCCAUCCAGCCCAUCGUCUUCCAAAUCUAGACAGUCGCAAUCCCAAUCAUUGGUCUUUUCAACUUCAAAUUCAUCGUCAUAUCCUUCUCCAAACAAACUAAAAUCUCGCUUUCUCGAACCAGACAUCCUCACUCCACAAAUAUCAAUCAAGUAAUAAAAAGGUAGCUGUUGAAAAAACACAGCCCAGGAAUGCGCAUACAAAACACAAAUAUGGUGUGAAAAAACACCAUAAUGUGCAUUAAGUCGGAUAAUACCCUCACUUUGUUCAUAAACACCAUAAUGUGCAUUAAGUCGGAUAAUACCCUCGCUCUCGGUAUUAUUAAAAAUAAUGACCUCGCGCUACGCGCUCGGUCAUUAUUUUUAAUAAUACCUCGAGCUUGGGCAUUAUCCUAUACGUAAUUUGGCCGCUCUGAUUUUAUAAUUAUAUGCAAUAUUUCUAUGUUUCUUAUACUCAGUCAGUAGCUUGUUACGGCGAUUAAUAGCUAAAAGUAGAUCUUGUGUAAACCAUUGUGGUUGUCGUAAUCGCUUGACCCUUUUUUGACGCAAGGGUACAUAUGUUCGUUAAUUACAGUGUUAGCUUGUAAAUACCAAUUUUCGACCCAUUCAUUUACUAUAAGCUUUCUUGGUCGGCAUUUAUAUCCGCGAAUGAAAUAUAUAUUUCGCAUGUCUUCUCGAAAGUUGGUUUCAUCAAGGUUUUUAAAGUCUCUGUACUUAAUCACAUUGUGGGGUCAUGCUAUUUUGACAAAGUGAUUAUGGACUGCGUAAACGGAUAAAUUGUCAGAGCUAGGAACCAUAAUUUAAAAUUCCCGAAGCUAAGACUUUUGAGGAAUCUGUGGUGUAAAUGUGGUCUAAAUACGAUUGUGAUGCUGGCCGAGUAAUUCCAGAAAUUAGUUGUUGGAGGCCAUAGUCGUUUAGGCUUUGAAUUAGUCUAUGAGAUGUAUACGUUUCACUGAUUUGAUGGUCUAUGCUGAAAUCACCCAUUAAUAAGACUUCCUUUGAAUUUAGGAUAUGGAUAGCCCUUCCAAUAUUGCUAGUCAUUAAAGAGUUCGUAGAUGAUAACGUAUUCGGAGGCGAUAAAUGAAACCGCAUAGAAAUCUACAUGGAUGGCCACUUUGCUGUAUAUUCAGCCACAUAAGUUCUAGAUCUGGAUCUUCUAAAUUUAAGCAGUGAUUAACUUCUAAGCGAUUAUGUACAAAUACUAAAAUUCCGCCGCUAAAACCGAGUUUCCUGUCUUUUCUAAAUAAAUUGUAAUUCUCAACUAAUACUGAACUGCAUGACUAUCUUCGCGGUUAAUUAAAUUAGUCAAGAAAAUCUCCUGAAUGCAAAGGAUAUCGAUUAAUUUCUUCUGUCCUGGGGUUAAUUUAAUCUCUUCCAAUUUACUGGAUAUGUGCUAAAUAUUCCACGACACAAGUUUGAUUCCGUGAUACGGAGUUUUCAAUAUAUUAGUCCAGUCAAAUCACCAUAAGGCCCAUAAGUACAUGGUCCUGAUCAAAGUAAUCGCAAUAGAUAUUUUUUCAGUUGUAAAGUGUGUGAAAAGUUGUUCUGAUUAACAUAUUAAAAAUAAAAAAAAUCCCUUCGGUGGAACAUGGUGAAAAUCAAGUUUUUCUUACUUUUACCUAUAGAAAACCAUUGUGGACAAAAUGUUGACAUUUUGAAAUUAUUUUUUGCAAAUAUAACAUGCAUCAUUGGAAAGCUUAGAAAAAACUAAAAUAUAGAUCAUUAAACGGUUACCUUGCUUUUGCCUAUCCAGCCGAAGUUAUACAAGAUAUUUAAAAUGCCAUAAAUUUGUAUUUUGUGCAAAUUUUGCGCUAUUUUUCCAACUUUGAGCUACACUGGAUUCCAGAGCCUUCGACAGUAAAUAAUAAAUUGAAAUGUCGCGAAGGCUCCGGUUCAACGGGGCGAUUCUUUGAUUAAACCGCGCCAAUCACAAAACAGAAUUGGUGGUUUUAGUACAGAAUCUGUCAGGGGCAUUGUAUGGUGUUCCGAAGACCUUUCUACACGUUACACAUUUGCGAAGUAUUUUCUUGAUGUACUGGCGAGCUGUUGGAAUCCAAUACUUCUGGCGUAUUUGUGUCAGGGUUUGGUUUAAUCCAGCGUGUUGUAGUUUCUCGUGUGCGUCGUUGACAACCAGCAAGGUGAAAUGGUGGUUUGGGAGUAAGAGUAUGGGAACCUUUGCUGAAUGUUCCACUGGUGCAUUGUGAAUUCUGCCACCACAACGAAUGAUGUUGUCUUCCAGAGUAAACAGGCGAAGUUGACGUACAAGGGGUAGACGAGAGGUUUUCGGCUUUUGUAUGUUGGCAAGUUCGUUACCGUAGGCGUCGUUUUGGAUUUCCCGUAUCCAAACAUUUCUCGCGUUUUCAACUUCGUGGACCUUUAGUGGUUUUCCCUUACAUGCGUUGCCCUCUUGCAGGGUAUUAACGAAGCGAAGUACCCAUGCUGUAGUCCGCAGUAGUCGUUGAAGGUCACUGAAUUUGGUAGGUGGAAUAAUCUGGGUUAUGCUGGCGUUUGUAGAUGUGUCGGUGACUUCGGCAGUGACUUUGCUCGUUUCUUGAUCUUCGUCGAGGCAGGACUGCAGAAGAACGUUGUUAGGUUUCCAUUCUGGCCAGUGGUCGUGGUUGGUUAGCCAAGGUGGGCCAUGCGUCCACAAAUUAGACUUGGAAAGGUCGUCUGUCGAGAUUACUCGCGUUAGGAGAUCUGCUGGAUUGUUAGAAAUUGGACAGUAGUUCCAGGUGGCAUUGUUGGUGGCUUGGUGAAUUUCUUUAACUCGGUUCUGAAUAAAGCACUUCAGUUCUUUUUGGGAGGAAAGCCAGUAGAUAAAGAUUUGACUGUCGGACCAGAACACGAUUUUGGUAACCGUCAGAUGAUUGGACAAAUAUGAAGCAAGUCUUGCACCAGUAACAGCUGCCAUCAAUUCAAGUUGCGGAAGGGUUAGUUUUUUCAGUGGAGCUACACGAGACUUUGACAUAACCAUGGAGGUAUGUGAAUUGGAAGUGACAUAAGCGACUGUCCCAUAAGCUUUGGUGCUUUCAUCGACAAAGAUGUGAAGUACUACGUUUGAUGGCCAUGAAGAUAACAGCGGAAAGUAUCUGCGUUGAACUUCGGUCUGAGUUGCAGCUUCUAGGUCUCUGGAAAGUUUGACCCAUUUUUCAAUCAGUGGUUUUGGUAGCGGUUCAUCCCAAGCGUAUUUCAGUUCCCAGAGCUCUUGAAGGAAGAUCUUGGCACGAAUAGUGAUAGGAGUGAUGAGACCGAGGGGAUCAUAUAUCUUAGAAGACGCUCGUAAAACAUCUCGCUUAGUUAUGGACACCACGUUUUCAUUGGGAUCAGUAACUGGACGUUUUUCUUGAAGCUUCAGCUUAUCGACUUUACCGUUCCAGCGAAGACCAAGCAGUUUUGCUUCGGUGUUGUCGUCUUGAGCAUUUUCUUCAUUGGCGAGUGCACAAAUCUUUGAACUGUUCGAGUUCCAUUCACGUAAAUUGAAGUUGGCAGAAGACAUUACGGAUCUGGUGUGUUUGAAGUAGAUCGCGGCUUCGUCUUCGUUAUCUGUACCAGAAGCCAAGUUGUCGACGUAGAUGUCGGCUUUCAUUCGUUGUGCGAUUGGAUCGUUGUAGCUGUCAAGGUGCUUCUUGAUCGUUGCAUUCAAGAUAAACGGGCAACACGAUGCACCAAACAAGAUAGAUUUGAACCGAUAUACGUCAAAGCUGCUUUCGGGGUUGGUUGGGUCGGAUAGCCAAAAAAAUCUUGUUGCAUCUCUAUCUCCUUCAUCUAGAGAGAUGUUCAGGAAGGCCUUUUCAAUGUCUGCGGUUAAAGCAUACCGAUAGCAUCGAAAACGGACGAGUAUGGCGGUCAUAUCAUUAAGGAUGUCAGGGCCAGUAGAAAGGCAUGAGUUCAGGCUUGCUUGGUCGGCAUUUGGGCUGCAACUGCAGUCGUACACAAUACGAAUAGGUGUCGUAGGAAAAUCUUUUAAUACAGCGUGAUGUGGGAUGUAGUGGCAAUAACCGUUUGAUGUUUCUGGAUUUGUAACUCUUUCAAUAAAACCUCGUUUUAACUGUUCGUUAAUAAGUUCACUGUAGGUUUGCAACGUCUUGGGGUCUUUGGCUAAUCUCCUUACAGUGGAACGGGUUCUUCCUCGCGCUACUGCUUCGUUGGUGGGAAGGGGGUCAUGGUUAGGUUUCCAUGGUAACUUUGCACAGUAUCGGCCAUUCACGAGUCGUAUUGAAGAAUCCUGAUAUUCCUUAACUAAACUUGUCUUCGUGGGUUGUUAUUUCGUCUGGAAGAAUCCCAAUAGAUUCUAGAUUCCAAAAUCUUUCUAAAGCUUUACUUUCGUGUUCGUUUGAAACAAUAACUUUUAAGAUGGUUGCAUUGAGUGAUGUUGUCGCAACAGCUGGCCCAGUUGUUGGUCCAGAAAGCAAAUAACCGAUUCUAGAUUUCGCUGCAGUGGGGCCCGGUCCCCUAACGAUUUCGUCUUCGACAACGUCCCAGUAGUGGUCCGCGCCAAUCAAGAGGGAUAUGUGGAAAUGAUCAUCAGUCGUCAUAGGGUGUGCAAGUUUCAAGCCGUUGAGGUGUGGGAGGUUUCGAAUUUCGGCGGUGGGGAAACUUUUCUGCGGAACUGCGAUUGUGGGAAUUAUCAAUACCUGUAAAGGAAUUUUUUCGCCAUUUUCGGUGUUGAGAUUAAUCGUAGCCAUGUCUAUUUGUUUGAUAGAAGUCGAAGACCCGCCAAAGACUGAUAGAUUUAAGGUUUCACUUCCUUCAGGCGUAAGUUGGAGUUCGUCAGCUAAACUUUGAGUGAUAAAGGAACGUUGAGCACCUUCAUCAAAGAGAAUGUGUGCUGUCGCUAUUUUGUUCUGUGUUGCUAUCGUAUUAAUGGCAGUUUUGAGGAAUGUUUGUCUCCCAUAGUAGUCGUUAACUGACAGAGACGUGUGCACACGGUCUGGGAUUUUGUCGACGGGUGAAUUGGUUUUCGCGUUUUGAACUUGCGUCGUAAUAUUCGGUGCGUCGUUAGUCGGCGGAUGAUUUUUCCCGGUAUUUUUUGUCGCAUCUUUGUUCGUUUCAUUACAAAGACUCGUGUGGUGUUUCUUGUGACACCCUCGACAGAGAUUUCUCGAGUUACAAUCAGAUACGCGGUGAUUGUUCAAACAGUUAAAACAUAGCUUCGCUUGGAAAACAAUAUUCUUACGGGCUGUGGGAUCCUUUACUACAGUACACUCGUUAGGGCGAUGAUGGCCCGAACAGAAAAUGCAUAAACUCUUGUUUGUAGGGCGAUUUUUAGGUGCGUAAAAUUCUUUUGCGUUGGCAUGGUUUCCAAACUUUCCGGAUGCGUUUGUCAGUAGACUCGAUGUUGAUGGCAGGGUGUUGACAGGUUUGCCUAAUUGACUAAUUUGACUGAAAGAGUCUGUUUCUUCCCCAGCUUCUAGUAUUUGAAUUUCUUUCAAAAUUGAUUUGCGUAAUUGUUCUACUGACCAUUUAGUUGAACCGUUCUCUCGAAUUAAGUUGUGCUUGAUUGUAGUGGGAAGUUUACCCAAAACAAUGGGGAUUAAAAGGUCACCGUAGGUGUCUUGUUUCUUUCCUAACGCCUCGAGACCUCGAAUAUGGUUUUCCAUGCUAUCGUAAAAUUGGCGCAAGGUAGACACUGAAUUUGAAGGGCAUGGUAGAUCUAACAAGACUUGCAUGUGUGCGUUUGUUAUCUUGUGGGGUUGACCAAAUCUCUGCUCCAAAAUUGCAAUACAUUGCGCGUAGUUUGACUCUGUAAGCGGUAAACCUUCGAUUGAUUGCGCGCCUUCACCUGACACUUGAGCUUUGAGAUAUGUAAUUUUUUGUAUGUCGCUUAGGCUGGAGUUUUCAUGUAUAGCGACCUUAUAAGAGUCCCAAAAGGUUUGCCAUUUUAACACGUUGCUGCUAAAUACUGGCAGUGCUAACUUUGGUAAUCUAUGACUAUUUGUAUUGUGCGAUUGUGGCGGCGUACUUUGAGUAGGAAAAACGUGUCCGUUUUGUGGUGUUGUGGUAGCCAUAGGGCUAGCUAACAAAUUACUAUGGAUUGUACUUUGAUUGAUAAAGAAUUCUAUGGUGUACCUCUUUUUAGUUAGUUCCGUUAAAUAGUCGUCGGCUUCAACGAUCUCCGUCUCUAAGCCCUUUUCGUCUUCGAUUAGAUCUGAUACAGUCUCAUCCAACUUUCGAAGUAAUUCGAUUUUCGCGUCGUACGUUGCCAGAAUGACCCGUAGUUUCUCAAUAUUAACUUCGUUCGUUUCACCGUUUAUGAGUAGUUCAGCUUCGUUCCAAAUUUUAGUUGCUUGUGCACGUUGAGCGCCACGUUUUAUCCUUGCGCGUUUUAGACCGUCCAUCCUGGUCACGGCACCAAUGUCUCGUUCGACACUCGAAAUAAGCUAUAGUGUUGUCUUGCGUUGUGUUAACUUGUCUACGACGAUAACGAGAUCUAAUGUAGCGUAGGUUCUUUCGAUAGAAUCAUAGACAAUCCAGAAGACAUGGACUGGAAACGUAAGCUAGAAAUAUGAUGACAAAUCGUGACAUCCGUGAUGUGCCUGUCACGUAGCAAUUACUUGGUUACCACGGUAACAAGUCUUUAAAUUUACAUAAAAACAAAGGCAAAUGCGUGUAGUUUAUGCAAAAUAUAUCGUAAAAAAAGCGUAUUAUCUGAAUUUUGGGAUCGUAGUCGUGGAGCGGCUAUACUAACAAAGGUAGAUACGUCCAAAUUUUCAUUUAUUUCUAUUUUAUAGUGCUGCUAAAUGUAAAAUUUGGAUCGUGCUAUCGGUAAAUCGCGCACGCACCAAUUAUUUCCAGAAAAUACUGCCAAAACUAACCCUGUAACUACAAACUCAACCUAUUUUGUCUUUGACGAUGAAGCCAUUUGAAAUCACAAGAUUGUAAUCUAUCGAAUAGGCUAUUUUUUAUAUCAAUCUGGCACCAAAUUCAGCCAAAAAUGUUUACUGAAUUUGAUUGACAGAAUUACGAAUGUUGUUAGCCCGGAAUUGUUAUUGUCAUACUACUCUAGAAGCUCGCUGGCAAAACUGACCCUGCAAUCGAAAAAUAAACUAUUUUUGUACUUUGUGGUCAAAGUAUGUGUAAUCAUAAGAUUGUAAUCUAUCGAAUAGGCUAUUUUUUAUAUCAAUUUGGUAACUUAUUCGCCCAAAAAUGUUUACUGAAUUUGAUUGACAGAAUUACAAAACUAACCCUGCAACUGAAAAAUAAACUAUUUUGGACCUUUUGGUCAAAGUAUGUGUAAUCACAAGAUUGUAAUCUAUCGAAUAGGCUAUUUUUUAUAUCAAUUUGGUAACUUAUUCGCCCAAAAAUGUUUACUGAAUUUGAUUGACAGAGUUACGAAUGUUGUUAGCCGGCAAUUGUUAUUGUCGAGUUUAUUGUCAUAUUAUUCUGAAAACUUGCUGGCAAAACUAACCCUGCAACUGAAAAAUAAACUAUUUUUGUACCUUUUGGUCAAAGUAUGUGUAAUCAAAAGAUCGCAAUCUAUCGAAUAGGCUAUCUUUUAUAUCAAUUUGGUAACUUUUCGCCCAAAAAUGUUUACUGAAAAUUUGACAGGCAAAAUUACUUUUGCGCCAACUAGAAGAUGGCCAUUUCUGUUGCCCCCACUUCGAACCCUGUAACUAUAGUUUAAUUAAACAAAGUUCAGAGUUUGUAAUUUACAUAUUUUGAACAAAAAUAGACAUGUGGAUGCACUUGUCCCGUUUUCAAACUUAUAUCGGGUCAAACAAAGCCAAAAACCGCCUUUUGAAUGCUUGUGUAAUGUUUUUGUAAAAAAGUCGCCAUUGGCAUUGCCAUUGUUGUUGUCCGGCAAAGUUUGUACUCACUUCGAACCCUGCGACUACAGUUUAAAUAAAGAUCAGGAUUUGCAAUUACAUAUUUAAAACAAAUAUAGACAUGUGGAUGCAUUUCUCCGGUUUUUAAACUUAUAUUGGGUCAAACAAAGGCAAAAACCACCUUUUAAUGAUUGCGUAUAAUGUUUUUGACAGCAAAAAUAUCGCCAUUGCCAUUGUUGUUGACAUUGUCGAAAGUUAAGAGUGUCAAACAUACAAAACUCACCGUAAAAAUAACUGAAACCUUGUUUUUAUUUCUUUUUAAUAAUGGAUGCCUUAGCAAAAAGGGUUUUCGAGAAAGAAAGGAUUUGUUGUCAAUAAAAUGGAAGGUAUAUUAAUUAAACCGAAAUUGCCAAAUUCAACUUUUAAAAUACAGAUCAAGGAAAACUUCGAAAAGAUAACUUCAAUCAAUUUAUAUAACGUAAUUACAGUGAAGCAAAACUGAAUAAAUAUACGUAAACUUAAUUAAAGAAAACUACAAUACGCAAACAAACCUGAAUCGUGCCUGAAAGUCCACCCCAAAUUGGAAAUCAAAAUUUUCGAACAAGCUCGAAAAUUCUUUGCACUCGUCUCUGAAUAAGCAGAUCCAUUUUAUAAACUUUACACACAAUGUGAUAUACCUAACUCCCUUUUCGGUGUAGAUUAUUUAAACAAUUUUCCAGCAUAUAAAGAGCUGUAAAACAGCAGACAAGUACCGGUCCACAAUCUAUCGCUUUAUUCUUUUUCGAAGCAACAGGCCAUUCACUCACAUGGCAUGAUGGCACAAGCGUCACGCAAGCACAUCACGGAUGGCAAGCGCAAAACAUUAGGCGUUUCCAGUCCCUGUCUUCUGGAUUGUCUAUGAUAGAAUCAAGGACAAUCUACACCAUAGUUUGAAUAUGUAUUAUUUACACUAACACAAGCUCAAAAGCCAGUGCGAAAACUAUAUACAACAAAAAGGUGAUUAUCAAAUUAUCCUGAAUGUCCCAGUUAUCCUAGUGCAAGUGUAAUUCUAUCCUAGUUCAAUUAACUAACAGUGUUUGAUAUAAGAUAUUAAUAAUGAACUGUUUAUAUUAGAAUGCGUGCAAGAUAUCUAUAAUGUACAAAGUACUGUCAAUUCUCGACAAUUUGAGUAAUAAGAAAUAGGCGCUCCAAAGUAUUUUCUACGGAGAUUUCGGCAUCUAUCAGGGUCUUGUUUUGAUGAAUUAAACUCUUUAUUGAAGCACUACUAAAUUAAUAAAGACAGGAUUAAGACCACGGGAAACAACUUGCCAACCGCCAUCUUAUCCACAGCCUUGGUCCUAAUCUUUCGAAUAAUCUAUAUUGGCGUUGUAAAGCCAUUAUUUAGAAAAAAAGGUAAUCAACUUUAGGGUUUGGGCAAUUGUAAUUGUAGACCCAUUACAACGCGGCAAUAGUAUUGCAUAGAAUGGCUUUACAACGCCAAUAGAUUAUUGGUUACAACGUGCGGAACGGCUGAAAUAGUACAGUACUACAAUGUAUUGUAUUUCAAUUUCACAAUUUAUAUAUGAAACUACAGUGAAACCUGUACAACACAAAUAUGAAUAAAGUUUUCACGCUCCAUUUGACAGUUGUGAUAUUAUCUGAAUUAACUGUACGUUUCUUUACAUUUCCUUUGUAGUAGUUAUAUAUACUGUAUAGCACCGCUCUGACUACAAAAACAAUAUUCGUACACACCUAACACUCGUAUACCGCCAUGUAACCAUGUUUUAUAUAAAAAGUUACGGUAAAAAAUAAUUUUACUAUAUUGCAAUAUUCCAUUGUACAGCAGCCAAUCAUACUCAUUUCUUCUUUGGAUUAACCCGGAACCUUCGUUUCGGGCCACAGCUAACCAUAAGGAACGCAGGCUCGGAGUUCGAGAUUGGAGGAUUUUAUACUGUUCAGUCGAAUUUUGGGAAGGUCUCCACAGCUUUUGGUACUGUUUUCAUAAUUUGUGAAUAGGUGACAUCAGGUAAGCGAGAAUUACGUGUAAACUUAGAUCGUAAUUUUACUGCUGCCUGGUAAAAUGUGUAAAAUAUUUUUUCAGUGUAUAGCAGCCAUAAUUAAGCUGACGCAUAAAUAUUGCUACAAAUCAGCGAAAUUGUAAUUGGACAUUUUCAGUUCCUAUUCAAUUGCUCACAAGCAAGGGAAUUUGUAUGGUUAACUUGCUUGAAUUGAACAGGCUUCUGAUUCCAUGCAGUGUGUGAAAGUGAAUCGGGCCUUUAGCGGCAGAAGCGAUAGAGCGAUCAGUGUUUUGUUUCUUAAAUAUUAUAUAUCUACAGUUUGUCCUGGUAAGUAGACGAUAAGAAUUGUCCAUUUCUAUAGUAUGGCGUGUUCAAUUGGAUUUCUAUAGUAAUGACAAUUUAUGUUUCCUGAAACGAUCGGCGUCGCAAUUUUCAAAAACUAAAUCCGUGUCUGUACUUGGCAGUCCGUACAAUGAUCUGAUUAGAAAGGAUUUUCUAUAAGAAAGGUUACUUUCUAUACCGAUAAGCGAUACUUUCUAGUCGAGCAGGUACAAGAUUACCUCUAACUGUCUGAGUGAAGCAGAUUCUCCCUUUCGGCUAUAAUAUACAAAGCUAGCCCCUCACCGUGUCUAGUUCGUCCUUUCCGUAUAAUAAUUAUUAUAAUGUACCCGGGGAUAUAUGUAUUUCGCCAUCAGUGUUAGAAUCAUCGGGUUUGGAUUUGUUAAUGGCUGAUACGUUAUGAAAAUAUAGCGACUAUCGUCAAUAUGCUUAUAUAAACUAUAUUAAUACUGUUGGCGGGUUUACGGCGGUUGCCAUUUUUUAUAAUAUAAUAAUUCAACUUUGCAUAAGUUUUGUGUGCUGUUUUAUGUUUUUAACGCGUAGGAGUGUUUUAUGGUAUUUAUAUGUGAGUGCGCAGCAGGAGCUUUUAGAUAUGAUAAAUCACGAUUACAAAUGUUUUGAAUAGCUUCAAACACGAUUACAAUACAUGCCGUCUCAUUAGUAUUCUUUAUAUAAAGAAUACAAUAAAUUGUGAUGAACUUUUAUAUAAAGAAUACUAAUGAAGAUGAGUUUGAUGUGGUAUAUACGGCCUCUUCACGACAUAUGACAUAUUAUGGUUGACAUGGAUUUGCCAAUAAGCUUAUAAAUUAUUAAUGAUGUUUGAAACAACACCGCGUAAAAACGUCUGCGCGUGCGUCAACAUUAUUGAAAUCUACCUUGCAAACAUGAUGUCAAGUGUACCGAAGGUUGUCAAAAAUUCAAAAUGGAAGCAACAAAGAGCGACUUUUCUGUGAAAAUACAAGCGGAAUAAUGAACGUGACAACCUAAAAACUAGAAAUAUUUACAGUCUACAUGUGCAAAAUAAACCAUAGGCGACUGUUGAUAAAUUUAUUGUUGCUGCCGAAGGCAGCACACUUCUCUUGACAUGAAGUAUUGCCUGCGUUUACAUGAUUGUGUCCCGUCUCUUCGACCCAGUUAUGAAAAGUCGAUCGAGAUUUCGAUUUCGUGAAAUUGUGUCUGUCUUUUUGAAAUUGUGUCUGUCUGUUUGUAAAUAAUUAAGGCUUCAGGAAGUUUUUUAAACGAGGGGGGCGGUCAAAAUUUAUUUUGUAUUGCGCUCGCAUGAUACAGUACAUGGCAUGGCAUGUUGGAUUUUCCGAGGAUUUUCACAAAUCGACAAUAUUUUGAAUAAUUCAAAUAAGGAUAAGUAGCUUUAUUUCUUUCUGGUGAUAUUACAUGUAGGCAUUUAUAUUUAGAUCUGUUGUAAAAAGUGUUCGAUAUGAGGUAUUUCAGUAUUUGAAACAAUAAGCAAUAUGAUUUCACCAAUUUAUCGGCACAUUGAGGAGUCAAAAUUAUGGGCAUGGUGUUAUAUUGUUAGUCUUGUUCGACUGUAUACAGUAUGUUUUUCCGUUUGCUAGUGUCACAAAUUAUUAAGUUAUUUAUUUAUAUUAGUUAAGAUAUUAAUGAACAUGCAAGGACCAUAUAUGGCAUUGUUAUGAUAGUAAAGUGGUUUUUGAUUGACAAGGACGGGAGAGAGAGAUAUGAACAUUUAUUAGAAGAGUGAGCAUGAAUUGUUGAGGUUUUAAGAGUAAAUUUUAUUAUUCAUUGUUUUGAUGAGGCUUUAUUUGUGUCGCUCGCGACCGAUUUACAUAAGAACUUUGUAACACUGGGGGCUCAGGCGGGAAUCGGUCAAACGAGAGCGAAUAUAAAGCGAAAAGUAUUGUUUAUCGAGCGGUAAACGAGAUAUAUUUUUGGGAAAAUAUCGGGAUUGAGAAAUUCAACGUACGUUGAGAUAUUUACGGCGUAAAUAGAGAGAAUUUUACGGCGAUGGAGAAGUGGAUUGAGUUAGGCAAAGAGUUUGGUUUGAAGGAAAAAGAACUGUUAGACUUUGUUAAAGAUCAACAAGAAAUCGAAAGGCGUAAAGUAGACGACGAUCGACAAGAAAGACAGCGAGAGCGCGACGUUAAGAAACUAGAAUCGGAGGAGAGAGAACGACAACGAACUCGAAGCCCAAGCGAGAGAGAAAGAGGCGAUGCGAAGGCACGAACUGGAAAUGAAGCAACUUGAAGUACAAGCAGUUAAUACAAACGGGAGCGUUAGCGAACAUCACCCGGGAAUCUCGACAGCGAAGAUGCCGAAGUUACCACAGUUUAUCGACGGUCAGGAUGAUUUGGAUAGCUACCUACAAAGGUUCGAACGCUUCGCGAAAGGCAAUAAAUGGAACGAGUCGAUUUGGGCGACGUCGCUGAGUGCUUUGUUGACAGGUAAGGCGCUAGACGUUUACUCCAGGAUGUCAGAAACAGCCGCAGUAGAUUAUAAAGAGUUGAAGGAAGCCCUGUUGAAGAGAUACGAUCUGACAGAGAACGGGUUUCGAGUACGAUUUAGGAACAGCAAACCGGAAGAGGGGGAAAGCCCGGAACAAUUUAUAACUAGACUAAAACGAUAUUUAACUCGUUGGAUUGACCUAGCAAAAACGGAAAAGUCAUUCGAAGCGUUGUGCGAACUGUUUGUUAAGGAACAACUUAUUGAUGCAUGCCCUGAGGAUUUAGCAAUUUAUCUGCGAGAAAGAGACCCCGAAAACUUAGACGAGGCGGCAAAAGUUGCUGAGCAAUUCCUGAUUGCUUAUGGGAAGAAAUUACACUCCCCAUCCAAGCCACCCAAAGGGAAAUAUCCCCCAAGCGGAAGUACUGGGAACGAGAAGGGAGGAAAACCAGGGGGGAGGAUGCAAUGUUUUACCUGUGGAGGGUAUGGCCAUAAGGCAAUUGAAUGCAGCAAGAACCCAAACAAGUCUCCCGCCAAGGUUGAAAAACGUUGCUUUCUGUGCGAUCGCACUGGCCAUUUGGCAAGAGAGUGCAAGGUGAUGAGGGAUAAGAAGAACACAGAGAAAGCCGGGGCAGCCCUACAUGACCAGGGCCACCCCCUGAAAACGACACGAAUUUGGAGUCGUGUAUCCAUGGUGAUCAAUUACUACUCAGAAAUGGUAAAACUUUACCUUUUAUUAAGAGCGGUAGUGUGUCCUUGGUCGACAGCACUGCGAGAAAGAUGCCAGUUGUCAGAGGCAGAGUGGGUGAGAAAAUAGUCGACACUCUGCGAGAUACAGGGUGUAGUGGGGUGGUAGUACGCAGAUCCCUAGUAGCUGACGAGCAAUUGACAGGACGGGUUGGCUAUAUGUUACUGAUUGACAACACCCUUCGCGAGGUCCCAUUGGCGGAGAUAACCGUAGAUACACCUUAUCUGAGAGGUCAGGUCGAGGCACAAUGCCUCCCUGAGACAAUCUAUGAUCUCAUUAUCGGCAACGUCCCUGGGGCAAGAGCUCCGGACGAUCCUGACCCCACCUGGCAAGAGGCAUCAGCUGUAACCACCCGUGCCCAAGCCAAAAAGAGUAGUACCCUGAAGCCACUUCGAAUUCCUGAGGAACUUAGGGGAUCGGCCGUGGACCGAAAUGAUCUUAGUCGGUUACAAAAGGAAGACCCGAGCUUGGAGAAGUAUCGCAGUCAGACGGAUCCGAAGAAAAUCCAUGAUGGUGAGGUGUCAUUCGAGGAGAAGAACGGUAUACUUUUUCGGGUAUUCAAGAUUUUCGAUGCAAAUGGUGAACAGACGACCCGCCAAGUGGUGGUGCCGCAACCUCUUCGACAGCAAGUCAUGAACGUUGCUCACAGUUCCAUUCUAGGGGGUCACCUCGGUGUGAAGAAGACCACAGAUAAGAUCACUGGCAACUUCUACUGGCCAGGCAUCCACGGCGAUAUAACUAGAUUUUGUCAGUCUUGUGAUAUAUGUCAGCGGACAGUUGCAAAGGGAAAUGUCUCGAAGGUGCCAAUAGAGAAGAUGCCACUGAUAGACACACCGUUUAAGCGGGUAGCGGUAGACUUAGUCGGACCGAUAUAUCCUCCGAGCGAAUCCGGACACCGAUAUAUCCUUACGUUAGUGGACUAUGCAACUCGGUACCCAGACGCAGUGCCAUUGAAGUCUAUAACAACCGAAUCAGUAGCCGAAGCGUUGGUCGACAUGUAUAGUCGCCUGGGUGUCCCAGAGGAAGUCCUGAGUGAUAUGGGGGCCCAGUUUGUGUCGGAGUGCAUGGCUGAGGUAUCAAGACUCUUGAGUAUACGACAGCUGACAACAUCCCCAUACCACCCAAUGUGCAAUGGAUUGGUGGAAAAGUUCAACGGAACUUUGAAGUGUAUGCUGAAGCGGUUAUGUUCGGAACAACCUAAGCAGUGGCACCGAUACAUCAAUGCCCUUCUGUUUGCAUAUCGGGAGGUACCUCAAGCUUCAAUGGGAUUUUCCCCAUUCGAGCUGCUCUACGGACGGACAGUCAGGGGGCCCAUGACCAUUUUGAAGGAGCUAAGGACGGAAGAGUUCGAUGAGGCGGAAGUGAAGACGAGUUACCAGUACGUGAUUGAUUUACGGGAGAAACUGGAGCAGACCCUCAAGCUUGCACGUGAGGAAUUGAAACGAUCACAAGCGAGAUAUCAGCGAUAUUACAACCGGAAUGCGAAAGACCGGAAGUUCGUGGUCGGAGAUAAGGUCCUCAUCUUGUUGCCAACUGAUAAGAACAAGCUUCUCAUGCUGUGGAAGGGCCCAUUCGAAGUCGAAAAGAUUGUUGGAACCAACGAUUAUGGAAUUCAGGUCGGCGGAAAGGUGAAGACGUCCCACGCGAAUAUGCUCAAGAAAUAUAUUGAAAGAAAGAAUGCUGAUGUUAAUAACCGAAAGCAGGAAUUGGAUGGAGGUGAUGACGGCGACGACAAAGGGGACAGUGUCAGCGGCCCAGUUCUUCACCUAACUGCAGCUUCCAUAAUUGAGACGAGUGUCGGUGCGUCCAAUGGAGCAGUUGAUGAUGAAGAACUGCUGGAGUUGGUCCCACAGUACCGAAGGAAACAGCUGCAGACGUGGUCUUAGGUGAGCAGCUGACUGAGGAACAGAGAGUCCAAUUAGAAGAACUGAUCGAUCGAUAUGAACACGUCUUCACCGACGUGCCGGGCGAUAGUAACCUUACAGAACACCAAAUAGAGGUGACGUCCGAGGAACCUAUUCGAUCCAAACCGUAUGCAAUACCCUACAACGUGAGAGAGUCCCUAAAGGAGGAUAUCCAAGCAAUGCUGCAGAUGGGCGUGAUUAGAGAAUCGAAGUCUCCCUAUGCGUCACCGGUCGUGGUCGUACGUAAGAAGGAUGGUACGAACAGAGUGUGUGUUGACUAUCGGAAGCUUAAUCGGCUCACGGUUUUCGACCCUGCACCAGGUAAUACUGCCGAGGAGAUAUUUCAAAAGAUGGCCAAGAAAAAAUAUUUCACGAGAAUUGAUUUGAGCAAAGGGUACUGGCAAAUUCCCGUCGCGGCGAAAGAUGUUCCCAAGACGGCGUCUGUUACACCGGACGGGACCUACGAAUUUAUCAGAAUGCCAUUCGGAAUGGUUAACUCGGGAGCAACGUUAGCGAGAGGAAUGAGGAAACUGAUCGAUGACCUCGACGAUGUCGACAACUACGUGGACGACAUCAUCGUGCACACAGAGACAUGGGAAGGCCAUUUGGUAGCCCUGGAUGAGUUGUUUCGCAGGCUGUCCGAGGCUAAGUUUACAGCGAAACCUACAAAGUGUGUGAUGGGCGCGAAAGCCAUCGAAGUGAUUGGUCACCGAGUCUCGGAAGGGAUCAAAGGUCUGCAGGAAGAGAAUGUCAGAAAGAUCGAAGGUGCGACCAGACCAAAGACCAAGAAACAGGUUAGGGCGUUUAUCGGGCUGACCGGUUAUUAUCGCGACUUCAUCCCUAAUUACGCGGCGAAGCCAGCACCCCUAACUGAUUUGACCAAGAAGGGGCAACCGAACAAGGUAUCAUGGGAGAAACCGCAGGAAAAGGCAUUCAUGACAUUAAAGAGGGAACUCACGAGUGAACCCAUCCUUCACCUCCCAGAUUCAGCCAAGCUGUUUGUGUUGAGAACCGAUGCCUCAGAUGUUGGAAUCGGAGCGGUGCUGAUGCAGGAUCAUGAUGGGAAAUUAUUACCGGUCAGUUAUGCUAGUAGAAAGUUAUCCCCGAGAGAAUGCAAGUACAGCACCAUCGAAAGAGAAUGUUUGGCGAUCGUGUGGGCGAUACAGAAGUUUCGAGUCUAUCUUUACGGAAGAGAGUUUGUACUCCAGACGGAUCAUCAACCAUUAAUAUACCUAAACCGAGCGAAGUUUUUGAAUGAUCGUAUUAUGAGCUGGGCUAUGUUUCUACAGAGUUAUGCGAUGAGGAUAGAGUCCAUCAAGGGUUCAGAGAAUGUAGGUGCGGACUAUCUCAGCAGAGUUUACUGA